AGUCAGUUUCAAGCUAGUCGCGCUUGUGAUUUUGUCGUUUGUUAUAAUCACAGUCUGCCAUUUUAACUCGAAAAUGAGGGAAAUCGUUCAUCUGCAAGCAGGACAAUGCGGUAACCAGAUUGGUGCUAAGUUCUGGGAGGUAAUCAGCGAUGAACACGGCAUUGACCCAACCGGUACCUACCACGGAGACAGCGACCUCCAACUGGAGAGAAUCAACGUCUAUUACAAUGAAGCUUCAGGUGGCAAGUAUGUGCCACGUGCAGUGUUGGUUGACUUGGAGCCUGGCACCAUGGACUCUGUGCGAUCCGGACCUUUUGGGCAGAUCUUCAGACCAGACAACUUUGUCUUUGGUCAGAGCGGUGCCGGUAACAACUGGGCCAAGGGUCACUACACAGAGGGAGCUGAGCUGGUGGACUCAGUCCUUGAUGUGGUGAGGAAAGAGGCUGAGAGCUGCGACUGCCUGCAGGGAUUCCAGCUCACACACUCCCUGGGAGGAGGCACUGGCUCCGGCAUGGGCACCCUGCUUAUCAGCAAGAUCCGUGAGGAGUACCCCGACCGUAUCAUGAACACUUUCAGCGUCGUGCCCUCUCCCAAAGUGUCGGACACUGUAGUCGAGCCCUACAAUGCCACACUGUCGGUGCAUCAGCUGGUAGAGAACACAGAUGAGACCUACUGCAUUGACAAUGAGGCUCUGUACGAUAUCUGUUUCCGCACCCUCAAACUGACCACCCCCACUUACGGCGACCUCAACCAUCUGGUUUCUGCCACCAUGAGCGGGGUCACCACCUGCCUGCGUUUCCCUGGUCAGCUGAAUGCUGAUCUGCGCAAGCUGGCUGUCAACAUGGUCCCCUUCCCUCGUCUCCAUUUCUUCAUGCCCGGGUUUGCCCCUCUCACCAGCAGAGGAAGCCAGCAGUACCGUGCCCUCACGGUGCCUGAGCUCACCCAGCAGAUGUUCGACGCCAAGAACAUGAUGGCGGCCUGCGACCCUCGCCAUGGGCGCUACCUGACUGUGGCUGCUAUCUUCCGUGGCCGCAUGUCCAUGAAGGAGGUGGAUGAGCAGAUGCUGAACGUACAGAACAAGAACAGCAGCUACUUUGUUGAAUGGAUCCCCAACAACGUCAAGACCGCUGUCUGCGACAUUCCCCCGAGAGGCCUCAAGAUGUCUGCCACCUUCAUCGGCAACAGCACCGCUAUCCAGGAGCUGUUCAAGCGCAUCUCCGAGCAGUUCACAGCCAUGUUCAGGCGCAAGGCUUUCCUGCAUUGGUACACCGGAGAGGGCAUGGAUGAGAUGGAGUUCACUGAGGCAGAGAGCAACAUGAAUGACCUGGUGUCUGAAUACCAGCAGUAUCAAGAUGCCACUGCAGAGGAGGAGGGAGAGUUUGAGGAGGAGGGAGAAGAGGAAUUGGCUUAAGCGUUCUGAUUGUUUUGUCUGUAAAUUUAUGUUCAAAGCUGUACAAACUCUUUUGGUGACAUACAUUUGAAACUUGUUUUUGUUCCUUCAGUUUGUUGCUGUCAUCUGUCCCUGUGUUCCUUUUCAUAUUGUAUGCUUCAAAGAAGAAACCCAUCAAUAAAAAGCAUUUUUGCUAA